UUGUGCGUAAACACUGCUCCUGUUUUUUUGGCUGCGAUUCCUUCAGAAAAUCCAUCAUCAUGGGUUUCUAUUCUCUGGCUGUAACUUUCCUUUGCACUCUAGUGCUUCCAGUUCUGCUAUUUUUAGUAGCGGUGAAAUUGUGGGAGAUGUUCAUGAUCCGUGGACGCGACUCCAGUUGCCCACGUCCCCUUCCUCCAGGUACCAUGGGUAUGCCGUUCAUUGGAGAGACACUUCAACUGAUUCUUCAGAGGAGAAAAUUCUUGAGGAUGAAACGCCAGAAAUAUGGAUAUAUCUACAAAACUCACCUAUUCGGCAAUCCUACUGUACGCGUACUGGGUGCUGACAACGUGAGGCAAAUUCUGUUGGGCGAAAACAAACUUGUUGCUGUCCAGUGGCCCGCCUCCGUGAGGACCAUCUUGGGCUCAGAUACUCUUUCUAAUGUCCACGGAUCCCAGCACAAGAACAAGAAAAGGGCGAUUAUGAAGGCAUUCUCCCGGGAAGCGCUCGAGCACUAUAUCCCAGUCAUCCAGGAGGAGGUGAGGAGCGCCCUGAAGGACUGGCUCCAGCGCGACGCGUGUGUGCUCGUUUACCCCGAGAUGAAGCGACUCAUGUUCCGCAUCGCAAUGAGGAUCCUUCUCGGUUUCGAGCCUGAUCAAAUCAAGACAGACGAGCAGCAGCUGGUCGAGGCGUUCGAGGAAAUGAUUAAGAAUCUGUUUUCUCUCCCAAUUGACGUUCCUUUCAGUGGCCUUUAUCGGGGACUGAAAGCCCGAAAUUUUAUCCACUCCAAAAUCGAAGAGAACAUUCAAAAGAAACUCCAAGAGGAGGACUCUGAGCGCCAGCACAAAGAUGCCCUUCAGUUACUGAUUGAAAACAGCAGAAAAUGUGAAGAGCCCUUCAGUAUGCAGGCAAUAAAGGAGGCUGCUACAGAAUUGCUAUUUGGAGGGCAUGAGACCACUGCCAGCACAGCAACUUCCCUGGUGAUGUUUCUUGGGUUGCAUCCAGAAGUGGUUCAGAAAGUGCGUGAGGAACUGCAUGAGAAGGAGGAGGCUGGGAUGUACUCCGAGGGAAAGACUCCAAGUAUGGAGCUCCUGGAGCAGCUGAAGUACACUGGCUGUGUGAUCAAGGAGACGCUCCGCAUCAACCCUCCAGUCCCCGGGGGCUUCCGGGUAGCCCUCAAGACAUUUGAACUUAACGGCUACCAGAUUCCCAAGGGCUGGAAUGUCAUCUACAGCAUCUGUGACACCCACGACGUCGCCGACAUCUUCCCCAACAAGGAGGACUUCCGUCCAGAGCGCUUCAUGUCCAAGGCCUCCGAGGACUCCUCGCGGUUCAACUACAUCCCAUUCGGAGGAGGCUCGCGCAUGUGCGUGGGGAAGGAGUUUGCUAAGGUGCUACUCAAAACGUUCCUCAUCGAGCUCACGCAGCAAUGUAACUGGACUCUGUCAAACGGACCCCCAACCAUGAAAACUGCACCGACAGUAUAUCCUGUGGACAAUCUCCCCACCCGAUUCAGUAGUUACAUUAGAAAUUAAUACCCUUCAACCCUCCAACUCUUCCACCCCACCCCUCAAAAAUCUGUAUAUAGCCAAUUAGCAUGGAAGAUGUACAUAUAGACAUAUUUAAAAUGUUUUAGAUGAAAUUGCUGGGUAUUUAACAUCCUAUAUGAUUUUUGUUAAUACAGAUAGAUGUAUGUAUGUGUAUAUAUAAAUAUAUAAAACAACAUAUUUUUUAAACAAAGGGCACUCUUUUCAUGGACAACUUGAAUUCUUUUCUCAGGAGUCUGUGAUGUAUAUUUGUAAUGUAGCCAUUUUAUAUAGUGUUUGCUUUUUGUAUGGAACUUAUUUAAAUGAGACUUUAUUGUAUGGGCUUUAUUUAAUAAAAAAAACAACAAUUUACA